AUGACCAUGGGACCCAGGUCAGCUGUGGGCUCCCGGCAGCCCAGCAAGAAGCUCCUGGCGCCACCCCAGCACCUGUCUGACCCCACCUGCCGGGCUGCCCCAGCCCGUCCCGCGGCUCUGCGCACCUCCCCGGCCGCCGCCCACCAAUCCAGCUGCUGUCUGCCGCCUGCCUGCCCCGAGGGCGUGUCGAGAGGGCGGUGGAAGUUUGCCUCCAGGUCGUCCCGGGAGCUGCCGCCCAGGACCAGGAGCAUCGUGGGGUGGGGAUUGCCCUAUUUGUCCCCGGCAAAGCCACAGUCAAGGUCUUGCUGUUUGUCCCCAGGCACCUUUAAGGCACUCUUCCUCUUCUUCGCCUCCCUGUGUGCCUGGUAUUCCGGGUACCUGCUUGCCGAGCUGAUCCCAGAGGUGCCACUGUCAAGUGCUGUCUAUAGCAUUCGGAGCAUCGGUGAGAAGCCUGUCAUCAAAGCCCCAGCCCCCAAAAGACAGAAAUGUGACCACUGGACUCCGUGUCCCCUGAACGCCUAUGCCUACCGGUUGCUCAGCGGGGGUGGCAGGGACAAGUAUGCCAAAAUCUGCUUUGAGGAUGAGCUGCUCAUUGGGGAAAAGACUGGAAAUGUUGCAAGAGGAAUCAAUAUUGCCAUUGUCAACUAUGUAACUGGGAAGGUGAUAAACACACAGUUCUUCGAUAUGUAUGAAGGUGAUAACUCUGGACCAAUGACAAAGUUUAUUCAGAGUGCACCUCAGAAAUCCCUGGUCUUCAUGGUCACCCAUGAUGAUGGGAGCACCAGGCUGAAGGACGAUGCCAAGAACGCCAUUGAAGCACUUGGAAGUAAAGAAAUCAGGAACAUGAAAUUCAGGUCAAGCUGGGUAUUUCUUGCUGCAAAAGGCUUUGAACUUCCUGCAGAUAUUGAGAGAGAAAAGAUCAACCACUCUGAUAAUAAGAAGAACAGAUAUUCUGGCUGGCCUGCAGAGAUACAGAUAGAAGGCUGUAUACCACGAGAACCAAGCUAACAUUGCACUUCCUUAAUAAAUGUGUUUUGUAUAAAUGUCGCAUGGAUUGGCCCACGAAUCUU